GAGCCUCUGAGCCAAUGAACAGCUUCAUCGCUCUGAAUGAAAAGUGAGAUGGAAAACAGAGUAACGGGACGCGUCUCCGUGUUCAGGAUGGAAACCUAGCAGUGUUUGCUAACCUGCGCUACGUGUUCACAGAUUCGCACACGGUAUAACGGUUAAGAUGCAGUUCAUGCUGCUGUUUAGUCGGCAGGGCAAGCUGCGCUUGCAGAAGUGGUACGUGCCGCUGUCCGACACACAAAAGAAGAAGAUCUCCCGUGAGGUCAUCCAGAUGGUGUUGGCCCGCAAACCCAAAAUGUGCAGCUUUCUGGAGUGGAGAGACUUAAAAAUUGUCUACAAGAGAUAUGCCAGCCUGUACUUCUGCUGUGCUGUGGAAGACCAAGAGAAUGAACUGAUCACCCUCGAGAUCAUCCACAGAUAUGUCGAGCUGCUGGACAAGUAUUUUGGCAGCGUAUGUGAGCUGGACAUCAUCUUUAACUUUGAGAAGGCUUACUACAUCCUCGAUGAGUUUAUACUGGGUGGGGAAGCUCAGGAGACAUCUAAGAAGAUUGUAUUGAAGGCCAUCGAACAGGCAGAUAUGUUGCAAGAGGUGUUCAACAGCAUCGUCGGUGUGAUACAUUUCUCAGCAUGCAUGGAUUUUCUUUUUUUCUUUUUUGCCAUCUCUGAUAAGUGUAAGUGUGCAUCUUUUCCAGGAAGCAGAAGCACCACGCAGUGUACUGGAAGAGAUUGGACUCACAUAAACCUCCUCAGUUCUGCAAAAUAAUGAGUAACACUUUCUCAUUUCCUGCCUUUUCAGUAUAUGUGUGUUGGUCUUAUUUUGAAGUCGCACAAAAACCCAUAGUAUCUGGAUUUAGUCAAAUAUGCAACUUCCUUCCAGUGUUCUUUGAUUAAUGUGUUUUCAAGUACAUACUGAACAACAAAGCAGUCUAUGGAUCCAGAACACAACAUCUGGUAGUUAUAUUGUGAUUUAUAGUAUCGAGUUAUAUCUUUUUCAUUACCUCAGUUUGUGUCCUUCGCUGCCUUAAAACACACAAUUGGGAUUUUUACUGGGUGUGAACUCAGCGUGUCCGUGUAGGUCACGUUUUUUUUCUUUUGGCGCUCAAACGUAAAGAUGAGUAUGAUGGCACACAAAGUCAUAAGUAUCUAAACAUUUGUGGAAUAAAAAAAUAGCUAACUAAAUGUAUUAGAAUAAGUUCUACCGAUAACACUGUAACUGUUUACCACCUACCAUCAGGAUCACGGUGAAGUACAUGCUUUGUCCUGGCAAGAUGUUUCAUAAAUAAUUCUUCACUUAAAUAAGUAUCUGAACACACUUGCACAAACAUUUCUUGCUUCUUUUCCAUUGUUAAACACGAUCUUUAAGACAAAACUUUAAAAUAAACAUACGACAUCACAUAAGAAGAUAUAGAAUAUUCCCCCUGGACUGUGUGUCCACUGUAUUGCCUGGUUUAACUGAUGCUUCAUAAAAUGCUCCCAGGGUUCAGUUUAUUUUCAAUACCAAAGAAUUUCUCCUGUCCUGUUUGUGUCGAUAAUUUCUAGAUGACACUGUGGUUCACUGCCUAAUCUCUUUGGGGAGAAAAAAUGAAGGUCCUUUCAAAGGUAAAUUGAAAUGCAAAUAAAACAUUGUGUCAGCAAUAA